AUGUCGGUCCUCCGACAGCUCAUGUCCAACAGCAAGACCCGCUCCUCCGGGGGCUGUUGGACCUGUAGAGUGAGACGCAAGAAAUGCGCUGAGAACCGCCCGGAGUGCGAUACCUGCAAGGCUCUCGAAAUCACCUGCCAUUUUCAGGAUGAAAAGCCGGAUUGGAUGGAUGGCGGACCCAAGCAGAGAGAGAUGGCUGAUAAGAUCAAGGCUGAGGUGAAGAAGCAGGCAAGCCAGAGGAGGGAUCGCAAGUAUCUAGAGAUGCUGGAAGCAGGGACUAAGAUGGUGAGCAUAAGCGACACUGACGAUCCACAGGCCAACGGGGGCCGUGGAAAGGACCCCAUGUCUGGUGCUUCAGAUACCGACCGGUCGCUUCGUAGCCGUGGAAUCGGCUCAUCGCCAGAAUCAACCAACACGAAUGGCGCCUCACCGCCAGAAGUGCCGUGGCACAGCCAGGUCUUUGUGCGGCAAGAGGAUAAUGACAAUGGACCCGACGCCGACCUCCACUUCUUGAUGAUUUAUCUCGAUUACGUCUUCCCCUAUCUGUUUCCACAUUACCGGCCGCCGGUUCUUGCGGGAGGUCGCGGCUGGAUCUUGGACGUCCUGCAGAGUAACAAAUGCGUCUAUCACACUGCGGUUUCGCUGGCAAACGCAUUCUUCGCCAUUGUUCUGGCAGAUGGAAAGAAGGAGCACGAGCAGUGUACGAUGCGGAUGGUGCACAGCCUGGAAAGCCAGCUUGAACUCGGCCUCAAAGAACUGUCCAAGGAGAUGUGCGCCAUCAACGCCAGUAGAACCGGCUUCGACAGGCAAAAGGGUCUAGUUGUGAUGCAAAGCAUUAUUCAGAUGCUCUUCUUCGAAGUCGCGACCUCCAAGAAAGAGAAUUGGCGACUGCAUCUCGAUGCUGCGAUUGCAUUGUUUGUCCAGAUAUUGUCCGACCCUGCACAGUGGACGGGGACCCUGCACAGCUUGUAUAGCCCGCGGUGGCCUCCGCCUGAGAUUGGCGUGAAGAGACCAUGGAGUACCAACCAGGCAGCUCUGCGAUUUUUCACGGCGACUCUCAUAUACAUUGAUGUGCUGUCGAGUGUGACGCUCGGAAGCUCACCGCGCCUGCUCCGAUAUCAUGAUACCAUUAUCCCAGCGUGUGCAGAAUUCCAGAGAAGCAUUGAGCCCAUGCCUGCUGGGCCGCUGACCAUGGAUGAGUUCUUCGGCUUGCCCAACUGGAUCAUCCAGCUUCUCGGCAACGUAGCCGCGUUGGAAUCCUGGAAGCGCAUACAAAAGCAAAUGGGCUCACUGUCAGCGGAUGAGCUGGUAUCGCGAGGAAAGGUGCUCUCCGACGGAAUCAAGACCGGGCUUGAUAUUCUAGAGAACCAUCCCGAACUGCGAUACCCGCCCCAGGGUGUAUUCCCUCUGCUCGUCGCAGACCCUGUGACGGGAGCCCACGCAGAGGAGCAACCGAGGUUCCAGAUGAUUUGGCUGCUUGCAACGCUGAGCUACCUGAACGUCAUCGUAUCAGGAUGGCAACCAUCCAGCCCUGAAAUUCGCUGGUCUGUGUCCAAGGCAACGGAGCUGCUCACCUCGCUUCCGACAGGAGCCUGGCUGAGAGCGUUGGCUUGGCCCAUGUGCAUUUGUGGUUGUCUUUCGCCGCCAGAAGACGAAGACAAGUACCGCCAAAUCGCACGUCGACUUGGCGCGUUGCAAAUAUUUGGCACUGUCAAGGAGGCCAUGGAAGUCAUGGAGAAGAAACACGCAAUUAUGGCUGCCUCGCGAUUUGACGCACAAAUGUACACAGCAGAGGCGCACGUCGAGAGCGCGGGCACCGUUCUCUUCCGACUCUCGGCCCGCGAGAUCUGUCUUCUCUGCCUGCCACGGCGUGACGAGUACGUCCUCCCCAAGGGACGUCGCAAGAAGGGCAUUCCCUGCCGCUUAUUACCCGUCAACUUGGUUUCCCGCGCCUGUCCCAUGUUCGAGAUGGAGCAUGUGCCGGACGAAGCUCGCUCCUACAAAGGCAUCUGCGAGCCGAUUACGGCACAGUUGCGCCGCCUGAGCGAAAACGACGUCAAACUAAUUUGGUGGUUUGCGGCUGCCGUCAACGAGGGAGAGCCUAUCCGCCAACAUGAGAUGCACAAGUUUGAGGUGGAGUUUCACAGUUACGAUGACGCUCUCCAGAAAUUGACGUUUGGGGAUGAUCGCAAACUGGUAAAGAAGGCGAUUCAGCUUGUCAAUUCUACACUUGGUUUCUAG